CUUUUUUUCUUCCUGUCUGCCCCUCUGGCAACUGAGAUGGUCCAACUAUUUGCUUCUGCCAAAAGGGGAGGGUUCUGCUCCCUCUUCACUUUCACACUGCUGCACAGGCAUGCUCUCUUAUUUGUGCUCCUUCCAAUAUUUCCUUAAAUGAGUUUGAGUAGAUCACAGAGGGAUCCGAUAAGCUUCUGAGCUGGUGUGAACUUUUUGUUCUGCAGUGAAGGAAAAUGAGCUGAGGAAAGGGAACCUUUCCCCGUUCAACAGCAGUUGCUUCUCUUACAUAGACUUUAAUGCACAACUGUAGUUUUCCUGAGAGUUUUCAGGACAGCUUUUGGCUGUUUCUCAGAAGUAUGAUCUCCUCCUACUUGAUAAUGCUUUGAUUUUUGUGUCUAACUUGCUUUUUCACUGUCAGCUGCUUGACUGUAGCUUUGAUACUGUUAACAAUUCACCCAGAACAAAAACUUUCCCAUUAUUUGCUUUGCAUUCUAAGAUCUAACUUGUCUUAAUUGCUUUUCUUUGGCUGCUGGCAGCUUUUCGUCUUCUCAUCAUCUUCAAAAGCAUUGUUAGCUAUUUAAAUUGCAGCAUGUAAUUGUCAAAGGCUCAAGAACCUUCUGACUUAACAUGUCACAUUCACCUGCAGUAUUUUAGAGUGUCAACUGUUAAGAUAAUGUCUUUCUGUGCUUUUGUAUAGUCCCUAACACAAGGGAAAUCUAAUCUUCAUAUAUAAUUUCCUCUGUUAUUAUCGGGUUUGCUUAUGUCCUUCUCUCUUAUUUUCUUAUUUUUUUUUAAACAUUUGUCUUGGUACCUUUUUCAUCCUUCCUGCUGUUAAAUGUGGAGUUACUUUAUGUAAAUACCACUUGCUUAUCAUACUAUUUUAACUUACGACCUGUAGAUAGGAGGCUUAUGGAAUAUCUUACCUUUUUCUUUUUGCUGUCAGUUACUUUAAAGUCUGAAGUCCUUCUCAAACAAGUUUUGCCGGUUGUUACUGAUCACUAGACCUCAUUCUUAUUUCAGUUCUUCUUUCAAGACAAGUAUGUUUGAUCUUCCUUGCCCAGCAUUCCAGGUAUUCCUCAUCUGUAAAUCAUGUGAGUCUGUUACCUUUGCCACUGUUGGGAUCCAGUUACUCCUGAUGCACAGUGGAAUCUUCCACAAUGGUUCCUGCAUUUUUGUCUUUGAAAGUUUCCUCUCUCCACAGAGGGACAGAAUGCUCUGACUUUUUCCAUGUGCAAUGAGAAGAAAUACUGUCUUUGUCCUAUGCAUUCUGGCAUAUACUGAUUUUUGUCUUUGCCUUGGUCAAAGCUAACGUUAUAAAAUGUAUUUAAUAUCCUCUGAGCUCUUUUUUUGCUUGGGUUCUUUUAAAUCAUUGUAUUCAUUUUCAGUCUUCUGAGGAAUAGAGAGGGCUACCCGUGGAAGGCCUGACAACACAGCCUCCUUUUACUGUCUGAAGAUGGGUGCUGUUCUUUGGAUUUGGGUGGCUGUUCUUCAUGCGUAAGCUCUUCAAGGAUUAUGAGGUACGACAGUAUGUGGUCCAGGUGAUCUUCUCUGUGACUUUUGCCUUCUCUUGUACCAUGUUUGAACUCAUCAUCUUUGAGAUUUUGGGAGUGCUGAACAGCAGUGUCUUGCAGAUGAGACAACUGACUUUGAGCUCUCGGUAUUUUCACUGGAAGCUGAACCUGUGUGUCAUUUUGCUCAUCCUAGUCUUCAUGGUACCCUUCUACAUCGGUUACUUUGUUGUGAGCAAUAUCAGAUUAUUGCACAGACAGAAACUGCUUUUUGCGUGUGUUCUGUGGUUGACAUUCAUGUAUUUCUUCUGGAAGUUGGGGGAUCCAUUUCCUAUCCUCAGCCCAAAACAUGGAAUCCUGUCUAUAGAACAGCUCAUCAGCCGUGUGGGUGUGAUUGGGGUGACACUGAUGGCGUUGCUGUCAGGAUUUGGGGCUGUCAACUGUCCAUACACUUACAUGUCCUACUUUCUCAGGAAUGUGACAGAUGCAGAUAUUCUGGCUUUGGAGCGACGACUCCUUCAGACUAUGGACAUGAUUGUUAGCAAGAAAAAAAGGAUAGCAGUGGCUCAUAGGACAAUGUUCCAGAGAGGAGAAGUGCAUAACAAACCCACUGGCUUCUGGGGAAUGAUAAAAAGUGUUACAACAUCUGUUGCAGGCAGUGAAAAUCUGUCCCUUAUCCAGCAAGAAGUGGAUGCCCUAGAAGAGCUGAGUCGGCAGCUUUUUCUGGAAACUGCUGACUUGCAUGCAACAAAGGAGAGAAUAGAAUACUCCAAAACUUUUCAGGGAAAAUACUUCAAUUUUUUGGGUUAUUUUUUCUCCAUCUAUUGUGUCUGGAAAAUCUUCAUGGCAACCAUCAAUAUUGUAUUUGACCGUGUGGGGAAGACUGAUCCAGUCACAAGAGGAAUUGAGAUCACUGUAAAUUACCUGGGAAUCCAAUUUGAUGUAAAAUUCUGGUCUCAGCACAUUUCCUUUAUUCUUGUUGGAAUAAUCAUUGUUACCUCUAUCAGAGGAUUGUUAAUCACACUUACAAAGUUCUUCUAUGCCAUUUCCAGCAGCAAGUCCUCCAAUGUUAUUGUUCUGCUUUUAGCACAGAUAAUGGGUAUGUACUUUGUGUCAUCAGUGCUCCUGAUCCGGAUGAGCAUGCCUCUAGAGUAUCGCACUAUUAUUACGGAAGUCCUGGGAGAGCUCCAGUUCAAUUUUUAUCAUCGUUGGUUUGAUGUGAUAUUCCUAGUUAGUGCACUGUCCAGUAUCCUCUUUCUCUAUUUAGCACACAAACAAGCCCCAGAAAAGCAUAUGGCCCUCUAAGUGAGAACUGCAGUCGUACACUGCUCUCUGCCCUUUCAACUGCACUGCUGCAACUCCUGUGGACUGCAAAACCUGGAGAGCCAGGACUAUUCUGUGUGUUUUAGCAGUGUAACUGACUCUUUGAACUUCCACAUGUCAUCAUCAAGCUCUGUGGCUCAUUUUGUUAAGGUGCCACAGCUUGAAGGGAAGGGGAUGCACAUGAGAUGGCUCAUUGCCAAGGAAUAAGGACACUCCUGGUACACCGGUAUCUAGGGGCAUCAGGACUUGCAUACAGGGUUGUCUGAGGUGAGACCUCUUACUGUUAGAACAACAUCUUCAGGGAAGGCACCAAGGAAAUGUGAUUUUUUUUCUUCUGAAAAUCAACUCAUAAUUGGGAUUCAGAGGAUGGCAAUUCUGGAGCUGAAUGUUUGAAUCUGGAAUUAAAUAAGCUUUCAUAAUACCUCA